AUGACUAGUCAAGCCGGCUGCGACCACGCGAUAAACAGCUUUUAUGGAAUUUUUAAUUUUGAUGGUGCCAUUCCAACAUUAUCUAUCCGACCAUAUUCCUUCACCAGAUAUUUGAGGAGAGGAAUUAAAUCGCGCAAUGGAUUUGUUGUCUACAUCUACAGCCCACGACACCUGCUAGAUCGUCGAAAUCCGUCGAUCCGAGAU